CGACUCGGCGCGCUCGGUGAUGUUGGACAUGGGCGAACGCAAAGAGCUGAAAAUGAUCCCCAAGCCGUCGUUCACCAUCCACAGCCUGGUGCCCGAGGCCGUGCAGAGCGACAACCGCAACCACAGCCUCCGCCUCCACCAUCACCACCUGCACAACCACCACAAGCCGGUGGCCGCCGCCGCCGCCGCCGCGCAGCAGCAGCAGCAGCAGGCGGAAGCCGACGGCGAUACCGCAGCGGGGCCCGAAUUAGGCUCGGCCGGCCCGGAAGCCCCCGAGGCGGCAUCGGCGGCAUCGGCGGCAUCGGCGGCUUCGGCGGACAAGCCCGAAGACAAGAAGGAAGGAAAAGACGCAAAGGAGGCGGACAAGAAGGGCGGCGGCAAGUUCGAGAAGCCUCCGUUCUCGUACAACGCGCUGAUCAUGAUGGCGAUCCGCCAGAGUCCCGAGAAGCGGCUGACGCUCAACGGCAUCUACGAGUUCAUCAUGAAGAACUUCCCGUACUACCGCGAGAACAAGCAGGGCUGGCAGAACUCCAUCCGCCACAACCUGAGCCUCAACAAGUGCUUCGUCAAGGUGCCGCGCCACUACGACGACCCGGGCAAGGGCAACUACUGGAUGCUGGACCCCAGCAGCGACGACGUCUUCAUCGGCGGCACCACCGGCAAGCUGCGCCGGCGCUCCACCACCUCGCGGGCCAAGCUGGCCUUCAAGCGCGGCGCCCGCCUGGCGUCCGGCGGCCUCGCCUUCAUGGAGCGGGCCGGCUCGCUCUACUGGCCGGUGUCGCCCUUCCUCUCGCUGCACCACCCGAGGGCGGCGGCGGCGGCGGCGGCGGCCGCGGCGGCGGGCGGCUACGGCGGGGCGGCGGCGGCCGCGGCGGCGGCUGCGGCGGCCGCGGCCGCCUACCCCGGCCACCCCAUGUCCUACGGCGCCGGGCACCCGUUCCCCCCGCCGCCCAACGGCCUGAGCGUGGAGCGGCUGGUGGGCGGGGAGCUGCCCUACGCCGCCGCCGCCGCCACGCACCACCUGACGGCGGCGGCGCUGGCGGCCUCGGCGGUGCCCUGCGGCCUGUCGGUGCCGUGCUCCGGCGCCACCUACUCCCUCAACCCGUGCUCGGUCAACCUGCUGACCGCCGGCCAGACCGGCUACUUCUUCCCGCACGUCCCGGUGAGCGGCACGCCGGGCGGCGGCGGCGGCGGCGGCGGCGGCGGCGGCGGGGCCCAGAUCGGCCGGGCCCCGGCCUCCGGCUCCCCGCAGGCCGCCUCCUGUGACUCUCUCAGGCCGCCCAUGGGCGCCUCUCUGCCGGCCUUCCCGUCCGGACUGUCCGCCGGACUCUCUGACUAUUUCACGCAGCAGAACCAGGCCUCCGCGCCCAACCCGCUCAUCCACUAACGGAACGGAACCGGCAACUGUAAGUGGAACGUUUAGAAACAAAAACAACAACAAACAAAAAAAACAACAAACAAACAAACAACCGGGAAGUUCCCAGGUAUUUUGUAAUAUUAUUAUUAUUAUUCUAAUGAUUGUUAAUGUUAUUGUUGCCGUUCUGGACUUGUGUGUUCAUAGCGCGCGCGCGCGUCGCGUCUCCUAGAAUGUUACUUUUGCUUCGUGUGGUUUUUUGCCCCCCAGCAUUUACACUUGAACAUGUUUCAGUAUUAAACGUGACGCGGAGUUUUGAUUUGGGAAAGUUCCAAUUUGUGACUGAAGAAAUGUCCAACUUAACACGCACGCGCACGCGCACCGAGCCUCCUGUUCUGUCUUUUUUUCUGGACUUUUUGUCUGCUGCUCUCGUGGACCCCAAAAUGUUCUUCUGCUUGUCUUUCGACGUCUUCUUCUUUUCUCUAUUUUUCUUUU